CAGCAGGAGCAGCUACCGGAACUGGGCUCAAAGCAAAGCACUGGCCCAAAAAUCAAGGAUGUGACACCCAGCAGGAUGUUGCACUGAUGGAAUCUGAAGAAGCCAAUAGGGGAGACCCCCUUCCCCCAGAAACCAGCAGCCCUAGUGAGGAAAACCCUGAUCCUACACCAGCCAAAAGGGAACAUUAUGCCACCACUGAGUCUGUAGAGAUGAACACUGAGCUGCCUGGCUCUGCAGAAGGAGCACAGGUCUCCAUUGCCCAGGAUCCUCUGAGGCAUCUCUCUGUUGGGGAAUCAGCAGAGAUGUGUGGCAAAUCCUCUAACUCUGUUCCGUUAGGACUGGAACAAGGGGAGCAAGAUCUAAGGUACCAGAGAGGACUCUCAGAGGGAGAGAAAGGUCCUGCAGUACAAGAGAUAUCUUUGGAAGAAGAGAGAUGGGAUCAUUCCUUGAACUCUGAACAGGGAAAGUUAGCUCAUCCUGAAAGAAAUCAGUAUUCUCUCUUUCCCAACACAGUCCCCCAGGCGACAGCCACUCAUGACAAAAACCCGCAGGUACAGUCUCCAGCCCUUUAUAUUGAAUUUCCUCAGGAUCAGAAACAGUCCCUGACAUGUCAUACUGCUGUCCCCCAGGCGCAGCAUAAGGAAACCUCAAUGACAGACACUGUUCCCAGCCAGAGGGAACCAGUCACUAAACACUUCCUGGUGUGUAAAGAAGUUUCAGAGGUUCAUUGCAAGACUGAGACUUUGCAUGAUGACACUAUUGGGGAUUCCUCCUUGCAGGGGUUGGAUGUAGCAAAUGGGACCAUCAGAGAGCUCCGACCACGUACUGAAGCAGUGGCAGGGACUGAUGAGGAGCCAUCUCCUGGAAUGGAUGCAGCAGGCAGGAUGAAUCCCAUGCCUUCUGUAGAUAAUGAUGAAAAAGUAGGAGGCUUACAGGGUGGGGGAGAGGAUAGAGACUCUUCCUCUUCACAUCACUCACCCUAUCCCUUAUCGGAUGACAGCCAAGGAAAUUCAUGGCUAACAGGAAGAAAUGCAGACAGAAAGAUGGUUCUGUCAUCCCAUGAGAGAGGGAACAAUGCCUUGGUCACAGACCAGAAAACAGAAGUGGCUGCUAGGCAAAGUCCACCUGGUUCUAUAAACCUCCUUCUGGAGGAGGAGAAAGGAGCAGAUGAUGGAAGAGCAGAAGGCAGCACUGAAUCUCCAAGAGUGUGUGUCUUCCACAUACCAAAUGCUGCGAAAAAAACAGAGCAGGAGGAGUGGCAGCACAAGCAGCUAGAAUGGGGGGAGGAGCCAGAAGGGGAGGAGCAGUCGGAACAGAAGCAGCCAGAGCUGGAACAGGAGGAGUCAGAAUGGGAGACGCUAGAGAAGGAAGCAAAACCAGUGCAGGAGGAGCCAGUAUGGGACAGGGAAGAUCAGAAGGAAAAGAGGUGGGAUGAGCUGGAACGAGAGCCAGGGAGGGAAGAGGCGGAGCUCGAGGCUCCACCACCAGCACUCAAUCCGGCAUCACCUUCUCUCUCCAAGCAAACCUGGGACCCCUGUGAUGAGGGGAAGAGCAUUUCCUCGACUGAGGGAACAGGGCUGGCCUCUCUGCCCCAGGAAUCAUUCCCCAAAGAUCAGCAUCCCGGUGAGGAUGUACUGUCCUGCAUAGUACUGGAGGCCUGCAUUGGAGGAGCAAGUGUAAGAGCUCAGCCACCUGCUGUGAUAAUGUCCAAAAGUCAGAAGCCAGUGGGUGGGAGCUCCAUGAUGCACUCCCCCACUUGCCACAUCUCUGAGCACUGGGGAGACAUGGGAGUGUCUGACCCUUCCAGCUCCAUUUCUUUCAAUGGCCAAGGUUGUGAAGAAACCUGUCAGGAUAACAGAACCAGUAAUGGGGAGGAUGGCCAUAGUGACGGAGAUGGAAGGACAGUCCAGAGCUUUCAUGAUGAUGGAGCCAUAUUUCUAUUAUGCAGAGAAGUAACCUCAUCUGGUGCAGGGAACCCAGACUCUUCCAGGGCUGUGGACCCUUCUUCUGGUGCCAGGAACUUUGGCUCUUUUGGUCCCGCAGAUCCUCAUCCUGUUGCAGAAAACCCAGCGUUUCCCAGUCAUUAUGAUUUCACUCCAGCCUCGCCAUCAGAGCUCAACUCAGCACCAUCAGCAGGUAGCCCAUCUCAGGAGGAUGCUGAUGAAAGAUCCCAUGUGAGCCCUGCAGGAUGUACUGACCUGGACAAAGCACCAGUCUCUGUACAGGACACAUCCAGCCAGACUUCUUAUCUGCAGGAGGCAGCUUCUAGUGAAGGAGCAUCAGUGUCCACCAGCCCAGAGGGUGUUCAGACUCCCCAUGGGUUGCUUACACCUGAGAAGGGCCUUAAUGAAGAGCCUAGUGCCCAACCUUGCAUCUCCAAGGCUUUCAGAAGUCCCCCUCUAAGGCAGAGCUUGCCCAAGGACAGAGAUGAAGUAGGCUCUACCCCUGCAGCUCCAGCUACAAUGCACCUGGAGUCAUCCCAAGCACCAGACAUGGCUCUCGGUCCCCCAAAUUACCUGGAGAAAGUCCAGAGGCACCAAAAGCCCCCAACGAGAAGUUUUGUUUUUCAGGGAAAGGAAAUGAAAGCAAACAUGGUUCACACAGCACAACAAAACCCUUUACUCGAUGAGUCACAUUUGAGUUUAGAGGUGGAAGUUCCAGGAACAGGAAGUGUCCUUAAGGCUGUACCGCAGCCCCCAGAAGAAGUGGUAGUCUUUGCCUUGGAGCAGCACACGCAGCCUCCUCCUCCUGAGCCUGACUCCAGCUCGCCCCUGGCCCCUGUGCCUGAUGCUGACCAGCUCAACCACCCGCCUGUGCCCAACUCACCCCUGGCUCCUGUGCCUGACGCCACCCAGCUCAACCACCCUUCGGCGCCUGCGUCUGACUCACCCCUGGCUCCUGUGCCUGAUGCCACUCAGCUCGCCCACAGUCUGGCUCCUGCGCCCAGCUCACCUUUGCCCCCUGUGCCUGAUGCCACCCACUUCACCCACCCUCCGGUACCUGCUCCUGGCUCACCCCUGACUCCUGCGCCUGACGCCGACCAGCUCACCCACCCUCUGGCUCCAGCGCCCGGCUCACCCCUGGCUCCUGCGCCUGACGCCGACCAGCUCACCUAUCCUCCGGCUCCAGCGCCCGGCUCACCCCUGGCUCCUGCGCCUGACGCCGACCAGCUCACCUAUCCUCCGGCUCCAGCGCCCAACUCACCCCUGGCUCCUGCGCCUGACGCCGACCAGCUCACCUAUCCUCCGGCUCCUGCGCCCGGCUCACCCCUGGCUCCUGUGCCUGACGCCGACCAGCUCACCUAUCCUCCGGCUCCUGCGCCCGGCUCACCCCUGGCUCCUGUGCCUGACGCCGACCAGCUCACCUAUCCUCCGGCUCCUGCGCCCGGCUCACCCCUGGCUCCUGCGCCUGACGCCGACCCGCUCACCUAUCCUCCGGCUCCUGCGCCCGGCUCACCCCUGGCUCCUGUGCCUGACGCCGACCAGCUCACCUAUCCUCCGGCUCCUGCGCCCGGCUCACCCCUGGCUCCUGUGCCUGACGCCGACCAGCUCACCUAUCCUCUGGCGCCUGCACCUGAUGCUGACCAGCUCGCCUACCCUCUGGCGCCUGCACCCGGCUCACCUCUGGCUCCUGCACCGGAUGCUGACCAGCUUCUCCAGUCUCGAUUCCUUGUGCCUGACUCCAACCAGCUUCCAGACCCUGCACCUGAUAUUGACCAGCCUCUGCCUCCUGUGUCUAACUCCAACCCACCUCUAAACUGUGUACCAGACUUUAGUCAAUUACUGGCCACUGCCCCCAAUUCCAGCUGCUCUAGCCAGGCUCCAGCCUCUGUGUCUGAUGCUGACAGCCUUGCUCAUGCUCUGGUCCCUGCCCCUGCUGUGGAAGAUGGAGAAGAGAACCCCCUCCUAAUGCAGAUGACCCACGGGGGAGUGUCUGGUGCCCAGUUGGAUCCGGUCAUCUCACUUACACCGGAUGUGGUGGACACCAGUGACUCAGGCAUCACUUCAUUGGCAGAGAGCUCAGAUUUUCCCACUUUGGAGAAUGAGGCACCCAUGGGCCACUCUAACAGCAGCCCUGGAGCAAUGGGUCAGCACCUGGCUACAAACUGUGGAAAGUCCACACCUGACUGCACCUCCAGGCCCUCCUUGGGAGGGUGGGGAACAUCCACAGACUCUCAGAGUAGAAAUUCAGCACAGCCACCCCCACUACUAGCUUUCUCCAACCCACUCCACUUCCUGCAGUUCAGCCCUCCAUCGCCACCAACCAUCAGAACACUGUACCAACAGGAGGCAGUCUUUGAGGAGCCCCAGUGGGACCAGGCACAGGCAGGCCCCACCAGCGUGGAUACGAAGAACACAACAGCCCCUGCAACGAUGAUAGAGAAAGCAGAGGACGCUAGGACAUGCAAGCAAAAGAUGGAAGGGCAGGGAGAACCGCUUCACCUUGCGGCCCAGCGAAAAGAGGAGGUGGCCAGACACGCACCCUUGGAGAAGUCACCAAGUUGGCCAGAUAAACAAGUCGUCAGGGUGGACAUGAAGGAGCUGGGACUCAAUUCAGGGAGUCAGGAGAACAGGAUCAAACACAGAGCAAAAAGCAAAGACUGGCACCGGCAGGGCCUGAGGAAGAUGUCAGUACUGCCAGACAACUUACAAGAGGAGGGAGCACACAAGGACCAGCCAACCAGCUCAGAUACAGUUAUACUUCGGGAGAAGAAAUCUGCAGACACACUGGAGAAUCUCAAGCGCCGACACUCCAAACUGAUCAACUCCUCAAGGUUACUCUAUCAGGAAUACAGCGACGUGGCUCUGAACAAGGCAAUCCAGAGCCAGAAGAGAGCGGAUUCUUUGGCUGAGGACUUCGAACCGAGCUCUCCGAGCUCUCCAAGCUCCCUGAGGCUACGGAGGAAAGUGCUGUCUCCUCAGGACUCGUAUCUACAACGUCUCUCGGUCUCGUCCACCGCGUCCCUCUGGCAGGACAUCCCCAUGAUCCGAGGAAGCAGAAUGCUGCUGAACAUGUCCCGAGAUGAUCAGAAACUGCAGGAGGCCAAGUUCGAGUUGAUCAUGUCAGAGGCCUCAUACUUGCGCAGUUUAAAUGUGGCAGUGGAUCACUUCCAGCGCUCAUCAGAACUCCAGGCACUCCUCAGCAAUCAGGAGCGCCAGUGGCUUUUCUCCCGUCUGCAGGAAGUGCGUGAUGUCAGUGCCAGUUUCCUCUUCGACCUGGAGGAAAAGUUUGAGGAGAACAUGUUCACCUUCAACGUGUGUGAUGUGGCUCUGAGACAUGCUCCUGAAUUCCGCAAGGUGUAUCUGCCCUACGUGACAAAUCAGACCUACCAGGACCAGAUUUUCCAGAGGCUCCUGACUGAGAAUGCAAGGUUCCAGCAAGUCCUGGAGAGACUGGAAAGUGCCACUGUGUGUCAGCGCCUCUCCCUCAAAUCCUUCCUCAUUCUCCCCUUCCAACGCAUCACCCGACUCAAACUCCUCCUCCAGAAUAUACUGAAGAGAACCCCGCCCGAGUCGGAUGAAGAAGUACAGGCCACACAGGCUUAUGAUGCACUGGAGAAGCUCAUAAAGGACUGCAACGAAAAUGUCCAGCGCAUGAAGAGCACUGAGGAGUUGAUCUACCUAAGCCAAAAGAUUGAUUUUGAGUGCAAGAUAUUCCCACUGGUCUCACAGUCAAGGCGGCUGGUGAAGUGUGGUGAGCUGAUGGCGUUGGACAACAACACUCUGAGCCCCAAGUGGAAACUCAACACCCGCCCCAUCUAUCUGCACCUCUUCAAUGACCGCCUGCUCCUGUCCAGGCCCAGGGAGGGUGGGCGCUUUGUCGUGUUUGAUCAUGCUGCAUUUUCAGAUGUACGUGGGGAGAAGUGUGAGGUGAAGCUGCACGGGACAAACAAAAAUGUUUUCCGCCUUUUUCUCCUUAAGAACAACCAGGGGAAAAGAGUGGAAUUCCUCUUUCGCACAGAGACACACAGUGAGAAGCUGCGGUGGAUCUCUGCUCUGGCGCCACCACGAGGAGAACCAGAUCUCUUAGAAAGCCCUGACUCACCUCAAGUUCAGUGCAUACGGACGUACAAAGCUCGGGAGAAUGACGAGCUGGCUCUGGAGAAAGCAGAUAUCAUCAUGGUCAUGCAGAACAGCAAUGACGGUUGGAUGGAAGGAGUGAAACUCUCAGAUGGAGAGAGAGGCUGGUUUCCCUCAGAGCAUGUGGAAAUGAUCUCCAGCAAACAUGCACGCCAGAUGAACCUGAAGGAGGAACAGCGUGUGAAGAAUGCCAAACAGCAGGUCUUCUGUAAGAAAUAGGACUCUCCACUUCCUGUUGCACCCUGUACAGUCUUUCUGGUAUGGAGAAACCUGACUUAAGAAACCCUCUCUACACCACAUUCUGGAAGAAACAACUCUUCCAAAAUAAAAAAUGAGCACUUAGUACUGUCAGACAAAGUGCUGCUACUAAAGAAAGCAGGAAUUCAGCCAGGAGUAAAUAUAUUCACUUCUACUGCCUCUGUAGUCCUGGUGAGACCAAGGAAGAAAAGAAGCUGCAUAUAUUGCUUGCUUUGUAGUAGUAGGGAGGGAACAUAUGAGAGCAGAGGACUGGGACUCAGGACUCUUGGAAAUCUAUGCCUGAUUUUGCCACUGACAAGAUGUGUGACCUUGGGCAAGUCACUUCAGAACUCUGCCUCAGUUUCCCCAUCUGUAAAACGGGAAUAAUACCUACCUCACGGGAUGUUGUGAGGCUAAAUUCAUUCAUAUUUGUAAAGCGCUUUGAGUUCCUGAGAAGAAGGGUACUAUAGACGUGUAAAGAACUCUGUAGUUAAGGUCAAGGAGAACUUUUCAUUUCAACCUCUUCUGAGGGUUCUUUAAGUGGUUUUAAUUUCCACAUAUUUUCCAUUUAAGAUAAUAUAUAAUGGGCCAAAUUUUCUGUUGAUGUAAGUGGGUACAAUUCCAUUGACUUCAAAGAAGUUCUGCACUUUUAUACCAGCUGAGUUUAAACCAAAGUCUCAGCAAAAGAUAAGUUUUAGACAGUAUGAGAAAAAUCCAUUUGAGUUAGGUGAGCAUGGGGAAAGAAAUUUUUCCCUCUAAAAUGUUUUUCAGACCUUUUGGCAAAUUUUUUUUAAAACGAUUAGUGAUUUUUGGGCACUCAACCUGAGAUACCUUGAAGGAGCCUGAUUUUCAGGAAGUUCUGGUCACCUGCCUUUGGAAAACAGUGUCCCAUAAUCUCUAGUUACUUUUGAAACUCUUGACCAAGGUUUUGUUUUACAUGUUGGCAUAUGCUCUGUAAUUAAAUUUAGUUGUUCUUGAACGGCAGGAAAGUGGAACUGCAUGGCGUAUGCCUAAUCUAUUAUAGCAGAUGUGAUGCAACAUUUUGCACAAUUAUAAAACAUAAAGGAAAUCUAUAAACCAUAGAUAUUUUUAAGCAAAACAUGUAACUGCAGUUUGUUGUCGUUCCAUUUCUGUGCAGUCAUCGGGUUUUAAGUGAAGCUUAUGUGCAGAAUGUGUCCACUGUAGAACAUUGCUUCAACUUUAAAAUAUUUUUCCUUCCGUAUUAAACAAAGGAGGGUUUUUGCAUGUAAUUAUGCUAAGACAACAUCAAGGUUGAGAAUUUAAACACAAGAAAGUACGAAAGCAACACCUGUAGCCUUCUUGCUUCGAAUGUAUUUGAAGAAUUAUUGACCUUUGUAUCUCUGGAUCUUUGUAAUAUCCUUUUGAUUUCCCAUUUAUAUUGUAUGUGGCAUAGUUUGUUCCAGCCUAUUUAUGCCAGUCAUUUGAGCUGGAUUUUUUUUUUGGGGACCUAAUAAACUUAUGCACUUCUCCAGUUAGGGUAUACAAAUUUACCUGUUCUGUUUCAGUUAGUCUAUCUUUUCAUAGGAACACAAGCUCUGUGCCUGUAACAACUGCCAACAUUUGAACACUCCCCUCACCCCCAAAAACUAAAACUAUUUUUUUUCAUAUACGACUACCCUCCCACACCAUUAGCUUUUUUAUUCUGCAUUGACAUCUUUCGUCACUUCCACAGCAGCCAUGACAUCGAACACUAUGUGGAGCGAUUAUACUCGGAAAGAGACGACUGCCCCUGUAACCUCCAUACCACAUGCAUCAUCUGUCACCAGUCAUCUGUAUACCAAGGUGACCUGGGAGGAUGACCUCCUGAGAGAGGACACUUCGUAUCCACCCCACUGAAGCUGAAGGACAGGAUGGUUAUGAUGUCCUGCUAGCCAUGCAAAAGACUGGUCUGCUGACUACACAGGGCCUCCUUAGAGAGGCCUAAAACUGAGCCUGGGUCCACUUUUAACAGCUGAAAGCAGCUCCCGGAAAGGGGGUAAAGGUGAGUCCUACCUUCAAACCGGAGGUAAUGACAGACUAACAAAGGUAAUCCUCAGCCACCCACCUGAAUUUCUAUCAUAGUCCCAAAUACAAGAUUCCAAACUUCAUGCCUACAUGGUACAUAUGAAAUCCUCUGGGACAAACUCAUGGAUGUCACGUGUUCCUGAGUCACCUUUACGGAGUGCAUAAUCUUUGAAGUCACUCAAGAGAAUAAGCCUGCAUGAGAACUCUCGAGGCAGUCCGAGAUUCAAUCGUGCAGCCUGCACGUCACAGCGAUUUCAACUUAACUUAUGAUCCAUCUAGUGUAGUACCCUGUCUGAUCGUGAUUAGUACCAGAUACUUCAGAGAAAGAUAUAAGAAACCCUGCAACAAGAAACUGUGAAACAAAU